CAUGAGCAUCAUCAUGUCUGUCUCUGCUCUGCUCUCAGCUCUGCUGCUGCUGGCCUCCACAGUCUCAGCCUCACACUACUAUGGAGGAACAAUGACCUUCGACCCAAGAAAGAAUCCUGAUGGAUCCUAUAGGGUGGAUAUCCGCUUCAAGGAGGCCUAUCAUAGCUGUGAUACAAGUGAUUCCUGGUUUUGUGGGUCUGGAAAUUGUGGCAGUAGAAGCACUUAUGUGAGCGGUCGUUUGGACAACAGUCCCAAUGGUGGUGGCUGGUGCCAGACUGAGGGAGUGAUGACAAGAACCGUCUCCAACAACAGCCCAUUUCAGCUGCAAAAAAGUAGUUGCUGCUGGAUCUAUAACACAGUUUCAAAUGGUGGAAACUGGAGACUUCUCACACAUAUUGACCUUGGAGAGAGAUCUGACACCUCUAAACCCAACAGAUCUCCAGUCGCCACCACACUUCCCAUUGUAAGAAUUCCUCAGAACUGCGCCAGGAACUACAAUCUUUUGUCCUGUGAUCCAGAUAAAGACCAGGUCAGGUGCAGAUAUGGACUUUUCUCUGCAAAUGAGUGUGGAAUGUGCAACCAACAUGCAGGAUUCACUUUGAACCAGAGCACCUGUACUCUGUCAUACUCUGUUAACGCUUCACGUGGUGUUUAUGCAUUUGAGCUGGUCAUGGAGGACUAUCCCACCCAGAACAUAACUUUAAACUACACUGCCAUGGCCGCGGCAGUCAGAACCCCCUUUUUUAAUGCAUCCUCCAAUCCACCGUUGAGCAAAAUACCUCUCCAGUUUUCUGUUGAAGUGGAGGCUCCUGCACCAUCUUGCAUCCAGGGUGAAUAUCUACCUCGGUUCCUCCACCCAACACCUCAUCACGGAGAACAUCUACAGGCUCGUGUCAAUCAAGAACUGGAGUUCAGAGUAAAGGCUACUGCAACCUACUCAAACAUCACAGACGUGGUCUUUAGUGGACCUCUGAACAGCACGAAGGAGACCACCACCACUGGGGAGCAUGUGAUCAACUGGACACCAACGUCAGAGAAUUAUGGCCAACAUUUUCCAAUUUGCUUCAUUGCAGAGGCACAAUAUGGGUCUAGGAACUAUCAAUCUGAGAUGAGGUGUGUAAUUGUUGUGGUGGAGGCUGCAGGUCCAAGAGCACAAGUGAGUUGCACUAAGGACACAAUGUCAGUGUCAAUAGAAAGAGCCACUAUUUCGGGUAUUCAUGGAGAUCACUUGCGGCUGAACAACAAUGCUUCCUGUGCAGUUUCUUCCAAUAGCACACAUGUGUUUACAACUUUCUCUCUAAGUGGAUGCGGUACUCAGAUUGAAGAGACUGUUGAACAUCUCCUCUUCAAGAACACAAUUGUUACCUUCGAUAAUCCAAACCACAUCAUAACCAGGAAAAAUGUAUUCGAAAUUGAAGUUAUGUGCAAGUACCAGAAAAAGAGCAGCAUCACCACAAGGUUUGAUGCUCACAGACCAGCUGUCAACUUCACCGAGAGAGGUUUCGGCUCAUUCAGCUAUCAGUUUGAGUUUUUUCAGUCUGGUAGUUUCAGAAACAUAAGAAAUUCCAACACCUACCCACUGGAGUACAAAGUUGGAGAAGCGAUCUACAUGGAGAUCGCCCCAGUCAAUGUCGUGCAAAACACUGAGGUCUUCCUUGAGUCCUGUGUAGCUACACCCUAUGAUAAUCCCAAUUAUCCCAUCUCUUAUCCUAUCAUCAGAAAUGGAUGCGGGGUUGAUGAAACUGUUAACAUCUACACAAGUCACCAGCCCAAUGUCAAGUUCAGUAUGGAGGCCUUCAAAUUUAUUGGACAAUAUGACCAGGUGUUUAUCAGCUGCUCCAUUAUCAUCUGUCAAGCCAACAAUCCCAACACACGCUGUGCUCAGGGCUGCACCAACGGCACACAAGUCGCACCAUCCUCACACGUUCACAAAAGAGAAGCUGCCAUUCAGACCGGAAGCCACUUCGUCUCACAGGGACCCCUGCGGCUGAGGAGGAGCGCAUCACUUACUGAGGCCAUCAGCCCAAGCCUGAACCUGAACCUUGUUUUUGUGGCUGGAUGUGUCAUGGCAGUAGUUGCCAUGGUGUGUGGAAUGAUGGUCUACAAAUCCAGGGGAUCAAAGGUCAACUACCAACUUGUGAAAUCAGAUGAGAUUUGAUCAGAUCAGAUCAGCUAAUUAACAUACUUUGGUGUAUUUAUUGUUGGAUGUAUUUCUACAGUUUCUGCAAAAAAAAAAAUUUUUGGUUUAUUUGUUUGGUAAGGUAAUAUUACAAUAAAAACAUGUUCUGUUUAUUAUAAUAAAAACUGUUCUGUCUGCAUAAAUGCAACUGCUGCUUCUAGGCAAUAGUAUGUGCUUUGCAGAAAUUGUCACAGCUGGAAACCCAGCAUAGGUUUUCUGUAACUAAUAAAGUGUGGAUGAGUGGGGAUGGAUUUUAUACUGUUCAAUAAUUGUCUUUUUGGGCUACUGCUUGUUGUGUUUAUAUGUAUUCUAAGGUAUAUGUACGUAUAUGUAAUGUACUAUAUAUUUUGAAAUGCAUUAAACACAUACUUGAUUAAAACAGAAAAA